AUGUCCAUCAAGACUGAGGCAGGGGUUUGGGUCGACUCUCCUACAGAUAUAAAAAAGGCCUUUUUGGAUUAUUACCAAGGCUUGUUGGGGACAACCAUGAUGCACAGGAAAAAAGUGUCUCGGUCAAUCAUGAAGCUAGGACCAGUUCUAAAUGCAGCUCUUAUUCAGGAUCUCACAAUAGAUUUUUCAACUCAGGAGGUUAAGGAUGUAAUAUUUGCAAUUCCAGGUUUGAAAGCACCAGGCCCAGAUGGAUAUAGCAGCUACUUUUACCAAGAUAAUUGGAAUCUGGUGGGUUUGGAGGUUACUACAGCAGUGUUAUCGUUCCUAAAUUCGGGUAAACUUCUUAGGGAGAUUAAUAACACAACCAUUACACUCAUUCCCAAGCAUAUUUUCCCUGAUACUGUGUGUGAUUUCAGACCCAUUGCAUGUUGUAAUGUUAUAUAUAAAGCAGCUUCCAAGAUGAUAUGCUCAAGACUUCGGAAAGUUCUACCUGAAAUAAUUACAGAAAAUCAAGGGGGAUUUGUGCAUGAAUGGGACUUUAUUGAAGAAAUGCUCACUGUUUUUCAGUUUCCUCAUGAAUUUAUACAGCUCAUCAUGGUUUGUGUUCGAACUCCCAGUCAUGGAGACUUUAUAUCUAUCCUUUGGAUGCUUAGGGGGCUCAAACUAUUUUCCAAGACUUCGGGACUCUUUCCAAAUGAGGCUAAAUCUGCAAUAUAUUGCAGUGGUAUGACUGCAUCAGAAAUUGACAGAGUGGUGAAGGCCUCGGGAUUCAUUCGAGCUUCAUUACCAUUUAGGUAUCUGGGCAUUCCCAUCUGUUCUAAACGUAUAACUAAUGCUGAAUGUGGGAUCAUACUAGAAAAAAUGGUAGCUAAGAUUAAGCAGUGGAUUUCUAGGAAUCUAUCCUAUAGUGCUAGAGCUACUUUGAUCAAUUCGGUUUUACUGUCAAUACACUCUUAUUGGGCUCAAAUUAUGGUGAUGCCAAAAAAUCUAUUGAAGGAUAUAGAAGCAAUUUGCAGGGCCUUUCUUUGGAAGGGAGUGGCAGAAGCUCAUGCUCCAAGAGUAGUUGCUUGGUCCACUGUUUGUACGCCAAAAUCAGCAGGAGGGUUAGGCUUCAGGAAAAUAUUGGAAUGGAAUAUUGCUGCAUUAGAGAAGUAUGUAUGGGCAAUAGCUUCUAAAAAGGAUAACCUAUGGGUAAAGUGGAUUCAUAGCAUCUAUUUGAAAAGGAUGGACUGGUGGGCUUACACAGUGCAACAAAAUUGCAGCUGGUAUUGGAAGAAAAUUGUUGAAAUUAAGGAUUUCUUUAGAGCUAAACUGGACAGAUCAGCAUUCAUGGCAAUGAAGUAUAGUAUUCAAUUUGGGCACGCAAUACUAUAUGACCAACAUACCAAGGUUCAAUGGAGUAAAUAUGAAUGGGAGAGAUGUAGUAUUCCGAAGCAUAGAUACAUUCUUUGGCUAGCUUUGCAUCAGAAGCUGAGAACCAAAGAGUAUCUCAGUAAACACUGGCACGCAAUGGACACAGAAUGUUUGCUGUGUGGGGAUCACAAUGAAGAGAUUUCUCAUCUAUUCUUUCAAUGUACUUAA